AUGGGUGGAGGCGGCAAGAUCCCAUACCCCAAGGAAGUCUGGUCUCCCGCCGGAGGCUGGUACGCUCAGCCCGCGAACUGGCGGCUGAACACGGCCAUCAUGGGCGCUGCUGUCAUUGGAGUCGCUGCCGUGACCUGGAGCCUUAGUGCCGACCGUGAGCAUCGGGAAAAGAUGCCAGAGCCCGGCAGAUUCUUCCCUAGUCGCUAG